AUGUCUACGAUGAAGGAGAAGAAGAUGUGAAAGAUAAAAAAAGAUGAGAAAUCAGAAAAACUGCAAAACGGAUUCUAAAAAAAAAACACAUCCUUAAACGUUUUCUGGACCUCAAACUUCACAAGAAACAAUUUUACCGAUCCUCCUGGCGCGCCCCUGUGUGAUUGGGACCUGGUGUGUGUCAGGGGGCUAUGGUGAGGCGAUGUGCACAGGCUGGUGUGAGGAGAGAUGUACCAGCGUCAGUGCAGGUAGACGGAGAGGUAAAGGAGUGGAUCUUCAUUCAUGGCUGUGCGUCACACUCUUGUUCUCGGCACUGUGGGGCCAAGCGUCCCCCCAGUGCCCGGACAGCUGCCACUGCGCCUGGGACACGGCCACGGUGCUGUGCUCAGACUCAGGGCUGCGGGAGAUCCCAGAGGGGAUCCCACCGGAAACUGUCUCCCUCCACCUGGAACGCAACUACAUCCGGAGUAUCCCAGAGAGUGCCUUCAGCGACCUGGUCCACCUGCGGGACCUGUACCUGUCCCACAACCGCAUCGACUCGCUCGCCUCGGGGGCCCUACGGCAUCUUGGCCCUGAGCUGCGCCUGCUCGACCUCUCGCACAACCAGCUAAGGCAGGCCAGCAGGGAGGAGUUUGGCUCCACUCGUGCAAAGACGCGCCUCUACCACAACCCCUGGCACUGUGACUGCGCCCUCCAGGAGCUGAUGGAGACUCUGAACCUGGAGCCCGAGACGGUGAAUGGGAUCAUGUGUGAGAGCUCUGUGCGGGGGGUGGGCGAGGGCAGCAGGUGGGAGGACCCGGGGUCGCAGGGCGAGCACGCAGGUCAAUCACUGGUCAAACUUUUGGAUUCUGGGGUGAAUUUCUGCAGCAUGCAGAGGAAAACCACUGAUGUAGCCAUGCUGGUGACAAUGUUUGUAUGGUUCUUCAUGGUCAUUGUGUAUGUAGUGUACUAUGUGAGGCAGAACCAAGCCGAGGCCCGCAGGCAUUUGGAGUACCUGAAGAGCUUGCCCAGCCCAGGCAAGGCCCCCACAGAGACAGAUACUCUGAGCACUGGUUUCUGAACUCCUGCUCGACUGUCAUUUAAAAGGAAUAAUAAGCAAACGGCAUUUUAAUGGAGAGCGACUGAUAUACUUCAAAAUGCUUUGCGGAGUAACUGGAUGUGUUUUGUGAUUGUAAUAUUUAUUUAUAUUUGUUACAACUGAGCCCUCCUACAAUAUUUGUCUUGAUAUUUCUUUACUGAUUGCAUUUUUCUCAAUUAAAUGAAAAUAAUAGGGUAUUCAUUGUACCAUGUACACUGAGAGAAAGUAGUGGAAUUUGAGGGAUGAAUAUGAUUUGAACUUCAUAACCUUCUGUCUCCCUCUUUCCUUCUAUGUUCUUCUCCCACUAUGCCCCAUACUGUGGAACUUUAUCUUUUAUUAAGCUGUAAUUAGCAGUCUGACCAACUGACCCUUAAUGAACACUUAAAAGCCACUAAUCAGCUGGAGUGUGUUUAUCAGGUCGAAAAAGGAGAGUGUGCAAAUUCAAAAGUGUGUCCUCAUCUAAUUGCCUGUUUAAUUUGUGCGUGUGUGUGUGUGUGUGUGUGUGCCCACGUGGAGUUUUUGUGCAGUGUAACGGGCCAUUUUUGAAACAAAUUGUACUUACAAGGGUGCUGUUCAAGCCUUUCCUGAUGCACGGUCACGAUGAAUCCAGUGGUUUCUGUGCCAGUGGUAAAAUGCUGGUCUAAAUUUACUCUCAGGAAGGCAUUAGAGCUGAAAGUGAACUGUUUAGUCUCCAAGCUGCAGCCCUCAGCUCUAAAAUAUCUGGGCAGCUUACACAGCUUGUCACAAAGACAUUUCAGCCAGAUUUAGAAAAAGAUCGUUGUCAUAAAUUAGAUUAGUGUAGCCAUUUAUCCUGAGAGAAGCCGUUAGUUUAGCUUUAAUUAAUCUCUUGAGUCCUGCUUUUCAGUCCUCUCUGCACUGAUUGCUGUAUACAAAUCAUUCAGGCUCCCAUUUUCCACAUAGGCUUUAUCAUAAUGGAUUUCUUUUUCAAGCCAUCGGAAAAAGAAAGCAAAACACUUUGAUAAUAAAUGGAACAUUUUUCUCAGUUUUUACAUUUAACGUCUGCAAUAUUAAGUUUAAUGCAAUUCCUGACGUGUGUACGACACGUGCACUGAAUAUGGAACAAAACCUGACUGGACUGCAUUGUGUUUGUCAUUCUUCACACGAAUAUAAACUGUAAAAGGCCUCUCAGGAACCCAACAACAGCUCGCAAAUUAAGUUUUAGGGCUAACUAGAUUAUUGGCAGAAUAUUAAAACAGAAAAGAAAACAUUUCUACCACACACAAUAGGUUCACCUUUUUCCGACAUUCCCCUUUCAAUGUCUUGCAAAUGAUUAGAUAACUUAAAGGUGUUUGUAUACUUUACUUUCUAUUAUUUUUUUAAAGUAUACAAGAACAAGAAGAACAUGUUCUUAAAUGCAGCAUCACAGAGAUUAAAGUGUAGUUACAACCUUCUAAGUGUUCAUAGAUAUAAUAAAGAAAAUACUGUGCCCCAUUUGAUCUAACACUUGGGUUGUUACAGUGGUAAGAUGAGCUGAGUAGGAAACCUUUCUGUGUACUGUAACGUGCCGACUGUUUGAAGUUUGUGUUGUUGUUCUGGAUGAAAAUACUGUGAAUUAGAGCUAGAACCAGUUAAACUAGAGCAAUGUCGAUGUACGUCGAUUUGUUCUGUCUGUGGAUAAACUUGUGAAACGCUGUUGCUGUAACUUUACAUACUCGGAAUAUUUCCUGAAUGUUACCUAUCUGUCACAAAUCACGCAUCUAAUGUUGACGUGUCGGAGUCGUUUCUCCCAAAUUCAUCUCUGAUCUUUAAUACGAUCUUAAACCCACUUUGGCUCGUUAAGGUCCCGAAACUCAAGAACCAAGCAUGCCCCUCUGUGUGUAGUUUUUUCUGUAGGUCUUUUUAUUUAUUGGUGAUGUAUUUCUGUCCACGUGAAUGUUUUCACUCCUGGUUUUUUUGUAUGCCAAUAAUUAUUCGAACAAGGUUAAAGUCAUAGAUCGGAAAUCAUUACAUUAAAUAAUAAAUGAUCUUUCGAAAAGGGAUUUUAAGAAGAAACAACAACAAAUAUAUAAAACAAUAAAAGAAACGUUGCUCUACUUUGUUCAUAGAAAUGCUUCGACCUUUUAUUGCUACUGUAGGUUGAAAAAAAGAAGAUGAAGAGAAGUAAUAGAAGAACAGGAAGUCAUUAUCACUUCACAUAAGGAGCUGAUUAUGAUUGGUUACC